UCUACGCUUGCUGUAGUAAGACUCCAAAACCAGAGAUAAGGACACAUGCAUGCUACACUUUUGGACGGAUAUGAUUCUCUUAAUUUUCUCAUCAAAACAAUACCAACUGCUUGAUCAUAACCACGGUUAGAAAAACUUUGAAUACGGUUGGAAAAACCAACCAUGGUUACUUCAGUUCAGCUCUCUCUCAACUUCCGCUUCUUACAGAGUUGAACUUCAACACUUUCCAACUGGUUUUCUAAGAGAUAGAAAAAGGAGAAAAAAAAAGAAGAAAGGUAGAGUUUCUAGUUUUCUGUUUCUGUCCAUUUUAUUUUUCUCUCAGAUAAGAGUUUCCCACUUAUAGAAGUUAAAGAUUCUUCAGAUCUAUGAAAAUUUCGAUGGAUUUUUCUUUCAUGGCUUUUCAUUUUUAUCUUUGAAACUUUAAUGUAAUUAUAGUUCUUUGAUUUUUGAAGAUGAUCGUUGAAGAGAACCCAUUUCUUCCCUUCAUUUUCACUACAAAAAAUUCUCUUUUUUUGUCGAGAGAAUUCGAGUUCCUUUUCACUCUCUUUCACUUGGGUUCCCGAAAGAGAUGUGAAGGUUUUUAAAGAAAAAGCUUCCUCUUUUUUUUUUUUUUUUUAUCCACUAUGGCUAUUAGUUAAAAUCUUCAGAUCUGGUCUCAUUCUUGUAGAUUUCGUCAAGAUCUCUGCCUUUUCUGGUAGGAAAGUCUUCAUAUUUUUUUCCUUCUUUUUCCCUGGUUUUCUCGGGAGAAAAAAGGAAAAAAAAAAAAAAAAGAAAACUGUGUAUGUUGUGGGUAAGUAGAAAAACAAUAAAGAUGAAUUAUUUCCCAGAUGAAGUUUUAGAGCACAUGUUUUUUUUCAUUACUUCUCACAAAGACCGGAACUCAGUGUCUUUAGUUUGCAAAUCAUGGUACAAAAUCGAAAGAUACAGCAGGCAAAGGGUUUUCAUUGGAAACUGUUAUUCCAUCAGUCCAGAGAGGUUGAUCGCCAGAUUUCCAGGUUUGAAGUCACUGACUUUGAAAGGGAAGCCACAUUUUGCUGACUUUAAUUUGGUGCCACAUGAAUGGGGAGGUUUCGUUUAUCCUUGGAUCGAAGCCUUGGCUAAGAGUAGGAUCGGAUUGGAAGAGCUCAGACUUAAGAGGAUGGUGGUGUCAGAUGAGAGCCUUGAGUUCCUUUCGAAAUCCUUUGUGAAUUUUAAGUCUUUGGUUCUUGUUAGCUGCGAAGGCUUCACUACUGAUGGUCUUGCUGCUAUUGCUGCCAAUUGUAGGUUUCUUAGGGAGCUGGAUUUGCAAGAAAAUGAAGUUGAUGAUCAACGGGGCCAUUGGCUUAGUUGCUUUCCUGAAAGCUGUACAUCUCUUGUCACCCUAAAUUUUGCAUGCCUCAAAGGAGAAAUAAACUUAGGAGCUCUUGAAAGACUUGUAGUAAGAUCUCCCAACCUCAAGAGUUUGAGAUUAAACCAUGCAGUGCCUCUUGAUACCCUCCAAAAACUAUUAAUGCAAGCACCUCAACUGGUGGACUUGGGAACUGGGUCUUAUGUAGAUGAUCCAUCUUCUGAGGCCUAUAGCAAAUUGAAAUCAGUCUUUCAAAGAUGCAAAUCAAUCAGGAGUUUAUCAGGGUUUUUUGAGGUUGCUCCUCAUUGCAUGUCUGCUAUUUAUCCAAUUUGCCGAAACCUGACCUUCUUGAACUUGAGCUAUGCCCCAGGCCUUCAUGGUAAUGAGCUCACAAAGCUGAUUCAACACUGCAGGAAACUUCAGCGUCUAUGGAUACUGGAUUGUAUUGGAGACAAAGGACUAGGAGUUGUAGCUUCAACAUGUAAAGAAUUGCAGGAAUUGAGGGUUUUUCCGUCUGACCUUGGGCCUGGAAAUGCUGCUAUGACAGAGGAAGGUCUGGUCCUUUUAUCUGAAGGCUGUCCUAAGCUCAAUUCAUUGCUGUAUUUCUGUCAGCAGAUGACCAAUGCUGCCCUCAUAACUGUAGCCAAGAACUGCCCGAAUUUUAUCCGUUUUAGAUUGUGCAUCCUUGACCCUGUAAAAUGUGACCCUGUAACCAAUCAGCCAUUGGAUGAAGGUUUUGGGGCAAUUGUUCACUUUUGCAAGGGUCUCAAGCGGUUAUCACUCACUGGCCUUCUGACUGAUCAGGUUUUUAAUUACAUAGGAAUGUAUGCUGAGCAGCUUGAAAUGCUGUCUAUUGCUUUUGCCGGUGACAGUGACGAAGGAAUGCUCUAUGUGUUGAAUGGUUGCAAGAAACUUCGCAAGCUAGAGAUCAUGAAAAGCCGCUUUGGUAAUGCAGCACUUCUAGAGGACAUGGGAAAGUAUGAAGCAAUGCGAUCCCUUUGGAUGUCCUCCUGUGAAGUUACCCUCGGAGGCUGCAAGACACUUGCAGAGAAGAUGCCAAGGCUGAGUGUGGAGAUCAUAAAUGAAAGCGAACAGAUGGAAUUUAGCCAUGAUGAUAGGCAGAAGGUAGACAAGAUGUAUCUGUAUCGAACAUUGGUCGGGCAUAGGAAAGAUUCACCAGCAUUUGUGUGCAUUUUGUAGGUGCAUUAUUGUGGCUCUGCCAUGUCUUUUCUGCUUAUUUUAGUUGUACUUUGUUAGGACAAACUGAUUUUUAUGAAUUCUUAGCUUGUUGGCGCUUUAGCUGUAUGGUACUGUUGUUUAAUUUACAAGAGAUUUGCUAUUUGUAAUCCUGGUUAUAUUAUAAAUCGAUGUGUUCUAGUAUUUGCCAGAAUCA